AUGAAAGAAGGAGAAUGGCCUGACACCUAUGGAAACUGCCUGAGGAUCCCACAACAGGCCACAGGACCCAUCAGCUUCCUCGACCCGCUGAGGGCUCACCAGGUUACCAAUGAGUCUCUGGAAACUACAAGGAGAAUCCUGGGUUUAGCCAUUGAGUCUCAGAGUACAGGAAUAAAAACGAUCACUAGGCUCGAUGAACAAGGAGAACAACUAAACCGCAUUGAAGAAGGUAUGGACCAAAUAAAUAAAGACAUGAGGGAAGCAGAAAAGACUUUAACAGAACUCAACAAGUGCUGUGGACUUUGUGUCUGCCCAUGUAAUAGGACAAAGAACUUUGAGUCUGAUAAGGCCUAUAAGGCAACAUGGGGUGAUGGUGGAUACAACUCAUCUAGCAAUGGAAUAUCGAAGCAGCCAAGCCAGGUGACAAAUAGUCAGCCUCAGCAAGCAGCCACAGGAGCAGCCUCUAGAGGAUACAUUAAACAUAUAACUAACAAUGCCAGAGAAGAUGAAAUGGAGGAGAACCUGGCUCAGGUCGGCAGUAUCCUGGGAAAUCUAAAAAACAUGGCCCUGGACAUGGGCAAUGAGAUUGAGGCUCAAAAUCAACAAAUACAUCGGAUCACAGAAAAGGCUGACACCAACAAAGAUCGUAUUGAUAUUGCCAAUGCCAGAGCAAAGAAACUCAUUGACAGCUAA